UACGGAAAUGACGUACGGGUACCUGCUAAAUCGGAAUGCGCAUGUCUAGCUUCCUUACCAACGUCUUGUGGCAUGUGGAUAAGCUAGAUGAUAAGUAUUGAUCAUUUAGUCGCCGGCAGUUGGAGAAACGGUUUGACUGAUGAAGACAUGAUGGCAUGAACUUGUUGUGAAGUUUUGUAUGGUAGAGAGAGCUUUCCAAUGAGGGCACCUUCAUCAGAUGGCAAGUAAACCAAAGAAGUCGGCCAUGAAGAAGGAUGGAGGAGAAAAGGGUACACGCCCAGCCUCAUCACGAGGCCCAUCCUUCCCCCGGUCUGGAAGCAUCUCCAUGGGGAAGUCCAAACAGGCUGUGGAAAUCCUCACCAAGGAAAAUGAGGAGCUACAAGGACAGGUGGAAGCUCUGACCACCAAGAGCAAACUAUUUCAGGACAAUUGGAUUACACUCACCACAAAGCUGGUGCAGGAUGCUAAGACAAAGGGCUUCCAGCUAGGCGAGGAGGACCAAAGGAAAGCGUUGGAGGAGCUAUCUGUGGAUGUUUUACUGGACCUUAUUAACAGUCUAGCUCACAAACAAAUCUUACAGAAACAGAAAGCUAACAAGGGCAGUGUGGAGGCGAGGAUAGAGGAGUUAGAGACCAGGAUUACUCAGAUGAACAUGAACCUUGUAAAGUUAUUACAGGCUAAAAUGAACUUAGAGGCCGGCUUAGAUGCCAUUCAGCAGUGUGCUUCUCUGGACGAUGCCAAACACAAAGCAAGGUUUCUUUUGUUUGAAACAAAGGGGAGUGAGGUAUUCACAUUUGAUGACUCAGAUAAUGAUGAAACAGAUGAAGAAAAUGAGGAGAAGAUGAUAAUUAAAGAGAACAAAGCAACUUCGAAUCCUGGAAAAUACCAGGUGUCUUCCAUAGUCAAGGAGCUCAAAACCUUCCAGCUCAGUCCACCUGUGAGGAAGCUUCCUGGCGACACACUAGUCAGUAAGAUGGAUGCUGGUCUGCAACACUACCUCAUCAGUGAGCUCAGCCUCUACAAGACCAAUGGUGCUGAUUGGAGGAUGAUGGCAGAGAGGGUAGGAAUUUCCAUGGAGACAAUAGCAGAAUGGCAGCGUUUUCGACUAGAAUACCCAAUGAAACAUGUGUUUGAGACAUGGGCACGGAGUCCAGCCGCCACAAUGAGAAUGCUGCACCGCCACCUAGUUUCACCACAGAUGAAAGCUGUAAUACUUGCCCGGAGAAUCUCUGACUUCUACCAAGUGGAUUGAGUGCUGAUUAGUAACAUCAACAGUGGUGUCAUGCUGUUUAUGUUACCCAGGUGAUAGCAUACUGGUCAGGGUACUCAACAUUCAACAUGUCAUGUUGUUCAGCGUGCUCAAUAGUGAUCCACAUACUGAAGUGAUGGCAUACUGGUCAGGGUACUCAACAUUCAACAUGUCAUGUUGUUCAGCGUGCUCAAUAGUGAUCCACAUACAGAAGUGAUGNC